AUGUCUGCCCAGCACCAGGUUGUGCUGCCCUGGGACAGGAACCUCCUGGAGGCACAUGGGACCACAUCCCCAGGGACAGGUACAGGGGCCGCAUCUACAGUGACCACGCCACUGCCACCGCUCCGGGUGCGUUCCCACGCGCCCCGCCGGAGCCACCCCGGGGCCGGCGGGUCUGUGCCGGUGCGGGUGCGGGUGCGGGCGUGCGGAGCUCCCGCCCCGCGCGGUCCGGGGCUGAGCGCGGGUUCCCCGCGGUGCGGGCGCGGUGCCGGUGCUGCCGGUGAUGUCAGGAGCGGCCCGGCAGCGGUGGGCGGUCCUUCCCCGGCUCUGCCCGGCCCCUGCUCCGCGCCCGGCCCGGCUCCGGCGCCGCUCCGCCCCCGGCCGCGCUGGGAGCGCGGGCAGCCCCGCGGCCCCGCUGCAGUCCCGCUCCGGCAUGCCCCUCUCCGGAGCAGCGCCGGGACCCCGCCGCCUCCAGCCCCGCUCCGCCGGGCUCCGCCGCUCGCCGCCCGCCGGCAUGAAGCGCCCGGCGCCGGGCAGCCGCCGCUGAGGAGCCGCGCGGCAGCAGCGGGACCCCCCCGUGCCCGCAUCCCACCCCCGCCCGCCCCGUCCCCACCCCGCUCCAUGGGGCAGCGCCGCGGCCGCUGAGCC